AUGUAUGACUAUCGUCUUGAUAUGUGGUCGCUGGGGUGUAUGAUGGCGGGAAUAAUAUUCAUGAAAGAACCUUUUUUUCGCGGUAAAGACAACACCGACCAACUAAUACGUAUCGUUAAAGUUUUGGGAACACAUGACUUUCAGGUAUACCUAAACAAGUUCGACCUGAAGUUGCCAGCUUCCUUGGAAAAUCUUUUGAUGAGACACACAAAGAAAUCGUGGUCUUCAUUUGUUUCAUCAGAAAAUCAUCAUUUAUGCACAGACGUCGCUUUAGAUUUUCUGGAUAAGCUCCUUCGCUACGAUCACACCCAGCGCAUUCAGGCAACGGAGGCUUUGCAGCACCCGUACUUCGAUCCCGUAAGGGCGCAUCUAGAAUCUCAAACUGGUGUAUCAAAUCAUGGUAAUUGUGACGAAAAUGAGCAUAUUUAAUUAACAAAGGGGUUCAAAGUAUAUAUUAUUUCUAAUUUAUGCGGGUAAUAUUAUAAUUGAAACAACGGAAUAUAAAAAUAGAUAAAUUGGUAGAAAAUGAGAUUCUCAUCCAAUAAUUUACAUGCAUUUAAUUCUAUAUGUUCAAAACAUAUAU